CUGAAUUAUUUUGUUUAUGUAGCAAAGCUGCAAUUUGCCUAAAAUAAAAACUCGUAGCAAUAAAAUUUCAGCUAGCAACAUCAACGAGAGCUAACGUUAACGACAGAGCUGCACUGGCAUGAAUGUGAAAGCUGAGGACUCUGUCAGCUUCCUCGAGACUCAGAGACACACUGAGAGACACUGAGUCAACUCACAGCUGCAAACAUGGAAUAGAGUGAGAAGAACGCAGAAACAAGGCAUCGGCAACAAGUUGUAAAAAAGCUGCUCACUAUGGAGCCAGAGGUAUCAGUGAGUUCCCCUCAGGACAAGCCAAGGCCUCGAUGGAGUCGGGGCUCGGGCUCGGGCUCGGGCCUACACUAUGGCUCUUUUGUAAACAGCCUUUCAUCGCUCACACCAAAAGUACCAGACAAUCAGCCCAUAUCACCGGGUCGCGCCAAGAUAGCUGUAGCUGUGCUCUGCUACAUCAACCUGCUCAACUACAUGGAGCGUUAUACAAUCGCAGGUGUCCUGCUUAACCUGCAGAAAUUCUUUGAUAUAAGUGACAGUACAGCUGCUCUACUACAAACAGUCUUCAUCUGCAGUUUCUUACUCCUGGCCCCUCUCUUUGGUUACCUUGGUGACCGCUACAACCGGAAAUACAUCAUGGUGGGUGGACUGAGCGUGUGGCUUGUGACAGCGGCAGCAAGCUCUUUUGUCACUGAGUCGUUAUUUUGGCUCCUGAUGCUGCUGCGAGCGAUGGUUGGCAUUGGAGAGGCCAGCUACUCCACCAUCGCUCCAACCAUCAUUGGCGACCUCUUCACCGGAGCUCAACGGAGCCUUGUGAUCUGUCUCUUCUACAUCUUUAUCCCUAUUGGAAGUGGUCUGGGAUACAUCACAGGGGCAGGGCUUGCUACUGCCACAGGAGAUUGGCGCUGGGCCCUCAGGAUCACUCCCAUCAUGGGUGUGUUUGGACUUGUGAUGCUGGUCUUCCUAUGCCCAAACCCACCCAGGGGUGCUGCUGAAAACCACGGAGAGGGCAUCACAGGGCAGAGCACGUACCUGGAGGACGUCAAGUAUCUGCUGAAGAAUAAAAGUUACUUGUGGUCAACAUUUGGAGUGACAGCUACAGCCUUCCUCACUGGAGCCCUGGCUUUCUGGACACCCACUUAUCUCUCCAGAGCUCAGGUCGCCCAGAACAUCAGACCCCCGUGUGAGAAAGAGCCCUGCAACCCCAUAGACAGUUAUAUCUUCGGAGCUAUAACGGUGGUGACAGGCAUUCUGGGAGGAUGUCUCGGCACUGGUUUGUCCAGACGGUUCAGGGACAAGGUGCCAUAUGUGGACCCCAUCAUCUGUGCAGUGGGCCUGCUGGGAUCAGCCCCCUGCCUCUUUGUCGUCAUAUUUGUAGCAUCAACAAGCAUCCCUGCCACUUACGUAUUCAUUUUCUUAGGUGAAGUACUGAUAUCCCUGAACUGGGCUGUCAUGGCGGACAUACUGCUGUAUGUUGUUAUACCGACCAGACGGUCCACAGCUGAGGCUCUGCAGAUUACAGUCGGUCAUCUUCUGGGUGACGCAGGAAGUCCUUACCUCGUAGGAGCGAUUUCUGAUGCUUUAAGCAAAUCUCAACCUUCGAGUCACAUCUGGAGCUUCCACAGUUUGAAAUUUAGCCUGCUGGUCUGCCCGUUUGUCGGGGCUCUAGGUGCGCUAUUUUUCUUCAUGGCUGCUCUUUACAUCACUGAAGACAAGAAGGCAGCUCUGCGACUAGUUGAAGAAGAGCCCCCACCACAGCAGGGAACUUCAACUGAGGCACCGAUGGAGAUGAGCACACAGGAGAAAUGAGUCCGUAAAAUGUCAAAAGUGGCCAUGUAAUUAUUUUAUAUGUAAAUACUGAAAGUUAAGUUAAAAAACGACUGCUGUGGACAAACUGGUGUUGGAGCUGGCUUGAAAAACACUGUUUGGUCCUCUUACAGUUACACAAUGACAACAGAUCCAGAGAAACCUCAUCAAAGUCUCAACUAUCAGAUGCCUUCACUAGAAAUAGUUAUCUUUGCACUGAGGAUAUAAAUAGCUUUUUUUUAAAACCUUUGAAUUAGAGACAGUUUUAUUUGUACAUGCUAGGAAGGCGGGUGCUUUUUAAAUUGAAUUGCUGUUUUAAAUUUUUUCAAUAAAUCUAUUAUUAAAAAUGA